AUGGGCACCACAGCAUCUAAAAUUGUUGGACGAAGAAGAGGUCCCACAACAAUUGAGCCUAACGAGGCAGAGCAUGUACAGUCUUUUAAAUUUCAUACGCCUACUGCGUCUAUUAGUGGAAGAACCGGCAGCGACUCAACAGCAUUUUCGCGUCGUCAGCUUAAAAAAGUUCUCAGACUGAGUGGGAACAGUAGAUCAGAAACAUCCUCAACCGUUGAAAGUGAAGAAGAAGGAAAAGACAUCCAACGCACGAAACAAGGGAUGAAGAUUACGAAUGACCUUUUCGAAGGUGGCAAUAAUAGUGUUGAUAUUGAAAAUGAGGAAUUAGACACUAUGCAGAGUUAUUAUUCCGAACAUGAUACGGGAUCACUCAUCUCUGCUGCUGCUGCAAGACUAUCAGAAGAGAUUAAUAGAAAGAAGCAAGCUGCUGCUGCUGCAAGAAGAUUAUCUGAGAAUUUUGAUAAACAAAAGCGAGCCGCAUCAGCAUAUAAGCAGAAGAAUAAAAUGAUACCUUGGGAAAUGUGUCAACCGAGUAAUGAGUAUUUUAACGAAAAUGGCGAGGACAAUGCAAGCUUUUUGAAUGUACAAGAACCGAUCUCGCAAUCGGAGGGAAACACUUGUUUUGUCGAGCCAACGGGCUGCUUUGAAUACCAAAAGAAGGCUACCAUUGAAGAGGUGUUGACAAACCUCUAUUAUCAUCCGUCUAAUGCAGAGGAACGACGAAAAGAAAAGGAUAGACAGCAACGAAUGCAUUAUUUACUGAAACGAGUUUGGAAUGGAAUUUAUCAUGUCGAUUUAGACAAUCCACAAUUAAUAAUUGACUGGCGUUGCGGUAUGGGUAUAUGGGACGUUGAAAUGGCUACUCUAUUUCCUGAUGCAGAAGUAAUUGGUAUUGAUUUCAAGGAAGCUACACCAGCUCAUUUACAGGCCAACGUGCCCAACCUCACGUUCGUUUCAGCUGACCUUACUGAUAAGCAUGCAGGUCUCGAUACCAUUGACAGCGACUCUGUUGAUUUCCUUAUGAUGAGAGACACUUGGUUGACAAAUUCACCAUCGUCCAAAUGGGAUAAUUUGUUGGCAGAAGUUUUCCGUGUUUUAAAACCUGGAGGAUGUGUCGAAAUUGAGGAGCAUGUUUUGGAAGGAGGUUCAAUGGGUCCUAAUACAGAACUCUUAAUGGAAUGGUAUGAUACCUUCUUUAAAGCACUGAACGCUGAAAGGAAAACUGUGGCCAAUCUAGAGCCUUUUAUCGAUCGAGCAGGUUUCAUAAACCUGAACAGAGAUGCAGCAACAAUACCUUUGGGGGAAUGGCCACAAUCCGCGCCUUUGAAAGAAAUUGGAUAUUUAUUCAAAGACCUGAUAGAGAGACGUAUACGUGGAAUGGCUAGAUGGGUUGCUGAAACGUGUAAUAUUGAUGAAUAUCGUCUGCAUGAAACAAUAACCAAAGUAAUGGACGAAGAAGUCGACGAAAAUCGUGCUUAUCUGGAUUGGAUGUGUUAUACAGCCGAGAAACCCGAAUAA